CAGAUUUGGAUCUCUCUCUCUCUCUCUCAGGAAACUGCAAGAAAGGACGAAGCUUUCUUGCUAAGCCUUCUUCUUCUUCUUCUUCUUCUUCUUCUUCUUCUUCAUUAUCAACGUCACCAUCUUCUUCUCUGUAAAUCUCACCACGAUCUCUAAGAUCUCUCUGAUUUUCUGGCGAGAGAUUUUCCAGGAAAAUUCAUUUGCUUUAAAUAGCAACUUCAGUCUUCAUCAACUGUGCUCCAUUUUUCACCUCUUCAGUUCGAUUUCUACGGAAUUCCAGAAAUCACCCACCAUGUUCGCGAAUCCGAGAACCGGAAACCGGAGCGGAUUAGGUUUACCGACUCCAAAGUUCCGGAGUGGCCACUUACCCUCCUCCGCAGCCAUCCCUGUCUCCAGAACCCUAGCGACCGAAUCCGACGCCAGUGCAUCUGCUUCCGACAAUGACAUGAGUACAGACUCCGAGGAUGUCUAUGGCGGUGGGCAUUCCCUUGAUUCGUCUCCUCAGGAGAGUAGAGUGUCUAAUGGAGUCGCUCACAGAUACGGUAGAAACUCGUCUUAUUACACGUAUUCUGAUGUUAGCUCUUCGAGGGAGACUUUUGUCGGUGUGACUGGUCGGAGAUUGGAUCGAUUGGAUGGUUAUACGGAGGAAGAAUCUUCAGAUUCCGCUACUAGUUCGCAGUUUUCUCCGCCGGAGACGUCGGUGGCGGCCGGGAAAAUAAACGGGCGUGCGAAUUUCGUUGGCAACCCGGCGAAUGACAGAGCAUCUGCCGAGAAGGAGUGCAGUGAGAAGUUUUCUUCCGAAGAAGAUAACGAUAUUCCAAGUGCGCCUCCGAUUUCGCAGACCACAGAGGAAAUUAAACCAGCAACCUCAAGCAUUCCAGUUUCAGAAGUCAAAACAGGAGAUGAAAUAGAAAGUCGAAAGAUUGGACACCUUACUAGGCCAAGUGCUGCUUCUGAGGCAUCUGGGCCUCCGGAUCAACACCCAGCUCGGCUCCCAACAUUUCACGCAAGUGCUCUUGGGCCGUGGCAUGCUGUGAUUUCCUAUGAUGCAUGUGUUCGGCUUUGUCUUCAUGCUUGGGCGAAGGGUUGCAUGGAGGCUCCCAUGUUUUUGGACAAUGAAUGUUGUCUUCUACGUGAAGCAUUUGGGUUGCAGCAAGUCCUUUUGCAAUCGGAGGAAGAGCUACUUGUAAAGCGGUCUUCAGAAGUUGCUAAUGAGGGAGUUGCACCGAAACCCAAGAAAAACAUUGGCAAGAUGAAGGUGCAAGUACGACGUGUUAAAACCGUAUUGGAUGCACCUACUGGCUGUAGUAUGUCAUCUCUUAACCCAUCAUUGAUAAAGCUUGAGAAAAUCCGGAUUAGCUUCUCCAGUCUACAGACAAGGCUAUGUUCCGGAUGGCGUGCACUAAAGAAGAUCCGUGUGCGUGUACCUGCCAAUGGUUCUUCUCUUUCACGUCAGAGCUUGGCAUAUGUGCAUGCCAGUACACAGUACUUAAAACAAGUUUCUGGCCUCCUGAAAAUUGGCGUGACAAGCUUACGUAAUAAUUCAACCUCUUAUGAUGUUGUGCAAGAAAUAUACUCCUGUAGGUUAAGACUGAAGAGCUCAACUGAAGACGAUGCUGUAAUGAUGCAACCAGGAUCUGGUGAAAGUCAUGUGUUCUUUCCUGACAGUGUUGGAGAUGAUCUAAUUGUCGAAAUCCUUGAUUCGAAGGGGAAGCAUUUCGGGCGUGUGCUUGUCCAACUAGCUAAUGUUUCUGAAGACUCGGCUGAGAAAGUUCGAUGGUGGUCGGUUUUCCGUGAGCCAGAACAUCAACCCGUGGGCAAACUCCAGCUCUACAUAAACUAUUCAGCAAGCUUCGAUGAUAACAGCCAUUUGAAGUGUGGCUCAGUUGCUGAAACAGUUGCAUAUGACUUGGCCCUGGAAGUGGCUAUGAAAAUGCAGCGGUUUCAACAAAGAAACUUGUUGUUACAUGGCUCAUGGAAAUGGCUUUUGGAAGAAUUUGCAUCCUACUAUGGUGUUUCUGAUGUCUACACCAAGCUCAGAUACUUGUCCUAUGUAAUGGAUGUGGCCACACCGACUUCUGACUGUCUCAAUUUGGUGCAUGACUUGUUAAUGCCUGUCAUCAUGAAAGGAAAUGGAAAGAAUGCUUUAAGUCAUCAAGAGAAUCGAAUACUGAGUGAAAUCAAAGACCAGAUCGAGCAGAUUCUUGCGCUAGUCUUCGAGAAUUACAAAUCCCUUGAUGAGUCAUCCUUUUCUGGAAUGAUUGAUGUGUUCAAGCCUGCAACGGGAAUUCUGGCUCCAGCACUUUUACCUGCUGUUAAACUGUAUACUCUACUGCAUGACAUAUUGUCUCCUGAGGCACAAACUACUCUCUCUCAUUACUUUCAGGCGGCAGCAAAGAAGAGAUCUAGAAGGCACUUAACUGAGACAGAUGAGUUUGUUACAAACAACAGUGAACCGAACUUUUGGGACCCUUCUGCAAUGUCGACUGCUUACCAGAAGAUGACUACGGUUUGCAAGAAUGUCAAGAACGAGAUUUUUACCGACAUUGAGAUCCAAAACCAAGAUAUACUUCCCAGCUUUCUUGACCUCCCAAACUUGUCGGCAUCUAUAUAUAGCACCGACCUUUGCAUCAGACUCCGUGCAUUCCUUGUUGCUUGUCCACCAUCCGGCCCUUCACCACCGGUUGCAGAGCUUGUUAUUGCAACUGCCGAUUUUCAGCGGGAUCUCGCCAGCUGGAACAUUAGCCCCAUAAAAGGCGGUGUCGAUGCAAAAGAGUUGUUUCACCUAUAUAUUAUGCUUUGGAUUCAAGAUAAACGCAUUUCCUUGCUCGAACAAUGUAAACUGGAUAAGGUGAAAUGGUGUGGAGUCAGGACACAGCAUUCAACAACUCCAUUUGUGGAUGAAAUGUAUGCUCGGCUUGCGGAAACCAUUAAUGACUACCAAGUUAUCAUCUCCAGAUGGCCGGAGUACAUCUUUGUGCUUGAAAGUGCCAUUGCGGAUGUUGAAAAAGCGAUCGUGGAAGCGUUGGAUAAGCAAUACGCAGAUGUUUUGUCGCCACUCAAAGAGAAUAUAACUCCGAAGAAAUUAAGCUUUAAAUAUGUCCAAAAGCUUACCAAACGAUCGGUGUGUGCCUAUGUUGUCCCCGACGAGCUCGGAAUUCUAUUAAAUUCCAUGAAGAGGAUGCUCGACAUUCUCCGGCCUAACAUAGAGGCUAAAUUUAAAGCUUGGGCAUCGUGCAUUCCUGAGGGCGGCAGUACAGCUCCCGGAGAGCGUCUCUCCGAGGUUACAGUGAUGCUUAGAGCUAAAUUCCGAAGUUAUCUUCAGGCUGUGGUCGAAAAACUUGCGGAAAACACCAAACUGCAGAAAACGACUAUGUUGAAGAAGAUCCUGCAAGACUCGAAAGAAAGCGUUGGGGAAUCGGACAUCAGGGCAAAGAUGCAACCCGUGAGAGAGCAACUCACCAACACGGUGAAUCAUCUACACUCCGUUUGCGAGACGCACGUCUUCAUAUCGUUGUGCCGAGGAUGUUGGGAUCGCAUGGGACAGGUUGUUCUAAGCUUUUUGGAGAACAGGAAAGAGAACAGAGCAUGGUACAAGGGUUCCCGCGUUGCGGUCUCUAUUCUCGACGAUACAUUCGCGUCUCAGAUGCAACGGCUACUAGGAAACGCAUUGCGGGAGCAAGACCUCGAGCCUCCGAGAUCGAUAAUGGAAGUCCGAUCCAUUCUCUGCAAAGACGCGGUGAACAGCAAAGACAAGUCUUUCUACUACUGAGAAAGCAUAGAGAAGAUCAGAUCCUGCAUCGAUCUCGUUGCGCCUGUCGGGGCGAAGAACACGGGAUGACACCCUCGUCAUUCGUGGACAGUUUUCGCGGUUCAGGGAAAAUCGGUCGGGAAUUCUUGAAUCUUGAAAUCUUUAAAGAGCUUUUGAUGUUCAGACAUUACAGUAACUUCUAUAUAGAAAAAACAUGAAUUCGGUUUCUUUUUAUGCAUAUAGAAUUAUAGAUAACAUGAAAUUAUGUUUUACAGUUA